UUGUAACAGUUGGUGUAUAACCUGGUGCAGACUUUUGAUCACUUAUAUGUAUAUAAUGCAGCAGUCUGCAUUUGAUUCCCUGCAAUUGCAAACAAAUGGUUCAAGAUUUCGUGUUCUGGUCGGUUUGACUGGUAGUGUAGCUGCUCUCAAAGCGCCGUUGUUGGUAACACAACUCCUUGAAAUUCCAGAGGUUGAUGUACGUGUGGUUACCACAGACCACGCCACUCAUUUUUAUAGCAUCAAUGAGGUCCCUGUUCGUGUAUACACAGAUAAAGAUGAAUGGGAGAUAUGGACAAAGCGCACUGACCCUGUGCUUCAUAUUGAACUUAGACGGUGGGCAGAUCUUUUAGUCAUCGCCCCACUUGAUGCCAAUACACUUGGCAAAAUUGCCAAUGGAAUCUGUGACAACCUACUGACAUGUGUGGUUCGGGCUUGGGACACAAGCCGUCCUCUGCUCUUCUGUCCCGCUAUGAACACAGCCAUGUGGGAUCACCCUAUCACUGCACAGCAGGUGGCCACACUUAAAGGCUUUGGCUAUGUUGAGAUCCCAUGUAUUGCCAAAAAACUCGUCUGUGGAGAUGAAGGUAAGGGUGCCAUGGCAGAGGUUUCAACUAUUGUUGAUACUGUCAAACAAUACCUUCAGAAACCUGCUGAAUGAUUUCAAACUUUAUUUAUACAAUCAACAAAAACAUACGUUACAUACGUUGUUGUAUUAUAUUAGUUAUGUUAUUUCAAUGUUUUAUAGUUUUUUACAGUUUGAAUAAAUUAUUAUUUUCCUGUUAAAAAAAAUU